CUGAUGGAACGAUGUGGGGAGGGUUUGUGAAAAAAUACUCAACUUAAAAUGGUUUUGCAGAGGUUCAAGCCCAAAAUGAACUCAAAAAACAACAAGCAAAACAAGCUGCAGAGGAAAGAAGGCGUGCGGCAGAGGAGAAAAAGCUUGAACUUCAGAGAGAAAGGGAAGAAAAACGAGAGAAGAGGAAACAGGAAACAGAAGAGAAAAAACGUAAAAAGGAACAAGAAAAGCAGGAGGCGGCUAUGCAAGCUGCGGCAGCUCGAGAAGAAGCAAAGUUAGCAGCGGCACACGAAGCUGAAGCCGCAGCCGACAGUCCACCCAAAGCUAAGCGUCUCCGACGUAGUAGUGAGGUAGAUAACAAUGGUGGCUCUGCAGAGUACAUGGAAGGAAAUCAAAUGCUUUAUGAGAAUUGUAAGUUUUUAAUAGUGGGAGAUGCAUGGUAAGCUUGUAACUAACUGUCUUCAAAUCUUUAGCUCCGUCUACAAUGUACCCUCCCAUACCACCUAUGCAAACCAUGCUAUCGCCCGGCCAGCCCCCUAUGAUGCCUCUCUCUUCACAACCUACAUCUAAUCAAACGCACCCCGCCUUCUUCUAUCCACCGAGACCUCACCUUCAUGCUCCUCAGCAUAUGCUCCAAAAUGCACCACCAAACUUACCUCCUAUUGCUGGUUAUCCCCCACCCCGGCCAUACACAGACACGAAUAAUGAGCAAUCACACCAGUUCCAAACGUAUGAUCAGUCAAACGGUCGACCUAUGUCUGAUGCAGAGAUGCGUAUGAUGAACGAGUACUAUCAACGACGUCUUUCAUAGUUCAGGCACAACGUGAUGACCAACAUGUUUUCCAGA